AUGGUGGCAACCACGGAGGUGAAUGGGACGGCAGGGGCCAUCAUCCCCGUGGGGUCCGCCCAGUCCUCCCUCCCUGCCCCUGACCUGGCCGGACUGGAUACCCAGACCCGGAAAAUCGGGCUCAUCUACCCCCCUCCCGACAUUCGGGCGAUUGCGGACAAGACCGCCCUUUACGUCUUCAAGAACGGCCCCGACUUCGAGCGCCGGCUGACAGCGGCAGCGGUGGCGCGCAACGGCAAGAAGUUCCUCACCGAGCUUGCCUCGCGUGAGCACGCCUCGCCCCAGUUCAACUUCCUCAAGCCCACGCACUCGCUCUUCGCCUUCUUCACCGCCCUCUGCGACGCCUACUCCGCGGCGGACCGCGCGGCCAUGCAGUCCAUCGACUGGCACGACUUUGUGGUGGUGGAGACCAUCGACUUCUUCGAGGACGAGACGGGGGCGCUGCCGCCGCCCAUGCUGCUGCGUGACGUGGAGUCGGAGGAAGAGGCAGAGGUGCGCAUCGUGCGCGACUAUGUUCGCGUGGACCCGCGCGCGGGCCGCGCCGACCCCACCGGCUACGUCACCUCGCCGCUGACGGGGGAGCUGGUGGCGGUGGGCGACAUGGCGGAGCACAUGCGCGUCAGCCUGAUCGACCCGCGCUGGCGUGAGCAGCGCAACGUCAUGCUGUCGCGCAUCAAGGAGACGACGCGCGCCAGCGACGACGAGAUCAGCCGCAACCUGGCCUCGCUGGCCGCCACGCUGCCGGACGUCUUCGGCAGCAGCCAGGAGGAGGGUGCACACCUGGGCCUCGAGGCCGGCUCCAGCGGCGACGCGGCGCUGCCGCCGCCGCCCAGGGGCAUGUCGGCCUGGCCGCCGGGCUUCCCCCGGCCCCCGCCCGUCCCGCAAGCGUUGCCCGUGCCCGUGGCUGCUGUGCCCGCUCCCUCGGCGCUCCCGCCGCAAGAAGCGGUGCUAGAGACUGUGGACGUCGCCGCGCCUUUGCCUGCGGGCGCCGCCGACGCUGCCGCACCUGUGCCUGCUGACCCCAGCGGUGGCCCCACGCCAUCGGCCGCAGACGGGGCUGCCGAGCCGGCGCCGGGCCCUGCCUCGAUGACAGGGCCGGGCGAGGGGGAGGAGGGCCCCGCCCCCGGCUCCCCGCCAGCACCCAAAGGGGAGCCGCCGGCCAAGCGUGCCAAGAUCGACAUGCUGGAGCCUGAGGAGGAGUGGCUGGAGACCCACCCAGGACAGUGCGAGAUCCUGGUGGCGUGCGCGGCGGUGGAGGGCCACGAGACGCUGACGGGGCAGACGGUGCCGGUGCAUGCCCCGAGCCUGGGCCUGACGGUGCUGGCUUUCAAGGACCUGCUGGUGCCCGCCCUGGCCAUCCCGGCCAACAAGCAACGCCUGAGCGCGGAGGGGCUGGGCUUCCUGCGCGAUGAGCUGUCGCUGGCGCACUACAACGUCGCGCCGGGGGACACGCUGCAGCUGAGCAUCAAGGAGCGCGGGCGGCGGCGGAAGUGA